UGAAUAAAGCAUUCAUCAAAAAUUGCAAACAUCAUCAGUUUCACUUUUGUUUGCCACAAUAAUAAAGUUUCGUUUCCAAAUGUUACUGCUCUAUUCAAUCAUAAGAAAAUAAUAUAAAUUACCUAUACAUUUCGAAAUGUACACUCUGCUCAGUGGCUUUUACAAAUAUCUCACACAAAAGGACGAAUAUUGUAUACUGAUUUUGGGACUGGACAAUGCUGGUAAAACGACAUAUUUGGAAGCGGCUAAAACCAAAUUCACCAAGAACUAUCGGGGAAUGAAUCCAAGUAAAAUUACCACAACAGUUGGAUUGAACAUUGGCCAGAUCGAUAUUCAGGGUGUCCGGUUGAGCUUCUGGGAUCUGGGAGGCCAACAGGAGCUGCAAUCACUCUGGGACAAGUACUACUCGGAGUCGCAUGCAGUCAUCUACGUGGUCGAUUCCAACGACCGGGAUCGGAUGCACGAGUCCAAGGACGUCUUCGAUCGGAUGAUUGGCAACGAAUACCUGUCAGGCGUUCCACUUCUGGUUCUGGCCAACAAGCAAGACCUGCCCGAGUGUAUGGGUGUACGGGAGGUCAAGCCCGUAUUCCAGGAAGCGGGACAUCUGAUCGGAAGGCGAGAUUGUCUGGUGAUGCCGGUCUCGGCACUGACCGGGGAAGGCGUGGACGAAGGCAUUAAAUGGCUGGUGGAAUCUAUUAAACGUAACUCCUUCGUGCGCCCCCCCAAGACUGAAGACACUUGAUUUUUCUUUUCCAGAAGAUAACUGCACAUUUUCUAUGUCAGUUAUUUAUAUCUUUAUUGAAUCCUUCAUAUGUGAAUAAUAAGGUAUUGUAUGUUUAAAUGUGAAAAA